AUGUCUACGAAUACCACAGCAGCCCCAGAGGAGAUUCGCGUUAUGAUGGCAACAACGUAUCUGGCUCUUUCAAUCAUUGGCAUUGUGCCAAAUAUUCUACUUGGUAUCACUCUCAUUCAGAAACGCGGCAAAUUACUGCAGACGUGCUUUUUCAUGCUCACUACUCAAAUACUGCUCUGUGAUUUGGGCGAACUUCUCACUCAAAUCAUCAUUGCAUUCCCUUUAUCUUUAUAUGGAAAAAAUAUUUACGAUGGAGAAGCGAGCAUUUAUGUCUAUUAUGUUGUCAAUAUCGUCGAUACUAUCAGUUACAAUGGCGUGCUAUUAUUCACAUUCGUAGUGGCACUUAAUAGGAUCAGCGUAUUUGUUUGGCCAAAGCUACAAGUACUGCUUUUCAGUCAUUUAAGCAUUUGGAGAACUAUACUAGCAGUAUGGUGUUUUAUUAUAAUCGAAGUGACUGGUGUGAAUUUGCUACAGUGUUGGAAAAAUUUUGCAUAUGAUGAGUUUUACUUCUUUAUCAAAUGCUACAAUAAUUCCUACUUUUCAUUUUAUUGGCUAGAGUUUAUGCGCUAUCAGAGCUUUGCACUUCCGAUAAUAAUGUUUGUGGUGUACAUAUUAUUAUUUGUGCAUUUGCGGUGGAAUACACCAAAAAGAGCCAAAAUGACAGCAGCAGUUUCAGCAAAAAGAAAGGCGGAAAUCAAGUUGCUUAUUCAGGCUGUUAUCAUCACUGUAUUUUUGGAGCUACAAACGCUAUCAUUCACUUUUCUUCCGCAAGUUGGUACUGGCUAUAACAAAUACUAUUCAAGUCUCGCACAGAAUGUUAUUAGUAUCUGUAACAACUCUGUGAAUCCAUAUGUGUAUUUCUUGAUUAAUCGACAAAUUCGUAGAGAUAUGAUAGCUUUGGUGUGCGGAAAACGAAAAGAGGAAAAGAAAAUAACGCUCACCAAGGCUUUUGAUCUGACAAAUAUCUAA